GCGCUUCUCCGCGUCGGUUCGCCUGACGUCAAGGCGGCCUCUGCUUUGACCCGUUGGAUCGUUUGUAGCAGAGAGAGGCGGCACACCGGAAAGCUAACGACGAACAGACCUCCAUCGGCAAUACAAGCCCAACUUCGAGGCCUGUGUGCCAUAUCAACCUGUAGAUAAAAUCUCCGGGACGCUGAUAGGUGCUUGCGUGGGACUUAGGCGACGACGAGGUCUUGGAAAUACCCGCAGAGGCGGGCGAAGGGAGCGUUUCGUUCCCGUCAAGUCGGCUAACAGGAGCUAUCCUGGGGCCUAGCUGCCGCUAGCAGUGGAGCUCACUUCCCGCAAGCAAAAGCAACACAAGGAAUGAGUGAUGAACUCUGUGGUGGUGUCAGACGGAGGAGGAAACAUAGUGGAGUAUGUGACUGUGGUUGAAGAGUCCCAGCAGGUUCCCGAGGAGGAGGAGGAGGAGGUCGUCCAGCAGGACGGAGAGGCCGUGAUCAUGGUAGAGGAGGAGGAGGAGGAGGUGGUGCUGCAGGAAGAGGAGGGCUCCCCAGCCGUCAUCGUGGAGGAGGUGCCCAGUGCCCAGGUGGAGGAGUGCUACUCGGCCCAGGUCCUGGUGUACGAUGACGGCACGUACUUGAUGCAGGACGUGGCCGAGGAGCAAGAGGUGGUGACGGAGGUGGUUGAAUCUGUGGAGAUGUCAAGCCACGACAUGGUCUGUUUUGACAAGACGUUUGAGGCGGCUGAAGCUCUGCUCCACAUGGAGUCUCCUGGUGGCCUUCACAGCGAACGCAGCACAGCUGAGGACGUGAUGAUGGAGACCGUGGUGGAAGUGUCUACAGAAUGUGGCCCUCUGGAGGAGGACCCCUUCCCCAUCCCUCCUGACUGUGAACCUGCUGCCAAGAAGAAGAGGGGAGGCGGUCGGAAACCCAAAGCACAGCAGCCUGCUUCCAACGGCUCCUACGACCUGGGGAUCAAGAAGAGGCCGAGGGAAGGCAAAGGAAACACCACGUAUCUGUGGGAGUUCCUGCUGGAGCUGCUGCAGGAUAAAAACACCUGUCCUAGAUACAUCAAGUGGAUGCAGAGAGAGAAGGGCAUCUUCAAGCUGGUCGACUCCAAGGCCGUGUCCAGACUGUGGGGCAAGCACAAGAACAAGCCAGACAUGAACUACGAGACCAUGGGCCGGGCCCUCAGGUAUUACUACCAGCGAGGCAUCCUCGCUAAGGUUGAGGGUCAACGCCUUGCCUACCAGUUUAAAGAGAUGCCCAAAAACAUCCGCGUGAUCGACGAUGAGGAGGUGGGCAUAGACAUGAAGGUGGAGGACACUGAGGUCAUUGUGUCUGGCCAGCACCUGGCUCACCAGCAGAGCCCUGCCAGCCUAAGCACCAGCUCCCCUGCCAGCACCCAGCCCCAGCAAACCUACGUCACCGUGAUCCCCAGCAACGCUGCCACCAGGCCCAUCCGAGCCAUGCCAGUGGUCAUGACCAACUCUCUGGGUCAGAUGACGCUGAACUCCCCCAUCUUCACCACCACCACCGGGGUCCCAGUGACUGUAGCUAAGGCCUCGACCAGCGCUCCGCCCAAACUGGUGAUCCAGGCGCUGCCAACCGUGCUGCCUGCCGGCUCCAAGGCAGGAGAGAAGAUCACCAUCAUCACCAUCCCAGCCAACCAGCUGGCAACGCUCAUGCAGACUCACCCCACAGGCCAGGUGACGCAGAUCAUCCAGGCCAAACCCGUCGCCACGCAGCUGUCGCACACCGCCAUCAAACCGGUCCAGCUAGCUCCGGGCCGAACCGCUCCGCAGCUCAUCUUGGCCAAACCGGCUGCGGUUGCCCAGGCUCUACCGCAGCUCUCUGUACAGGUGAGCCAGCCUCACUCCGCCCCGCCCAGCACACCCACCCAGCAUCCCCACCCUGCCUGCGGUCAGCCUGGAUCAGCACAAUCAGAGGCCGUGGAGCCUCCACCCCUCCCAAGCCCAGCAGCAGCAGAAGAAGAAGCAGCAUCAUCCUGAAAGCCUGGGCUGAGGGGGAGCGCCACCAGCAGGUGGCCUGCAGAAAGUGACUGUGGACACUGCUCAGGAAGUGAAGGACACAUCCCCCCUGCCCAGUCUCAGAUGGGAGCUGCUUCCUGAUUGGCUCUCAUAGUGCUGCCAAAGGCCCACACAGGAUCAAAGGGACUGUUAUGUGAACACACACACACUCACACAUGCACACAUAACUCAGCGCUCAAACAACAUGGGCAGCCUUAGAUUGUAAAUGGAAAUGUGUCUUUUUGUAAUCAAACCUAAUAUAAAGCCUGAAAAGACUUUGUUGUACACAGAAAUGUAAAAACAGCCUUUUUGAUACUCUGCAGUUACGUGUCGAUCCAAAUGUAGUUAAAAUGUUCUGGUCGAGUCUUCUGGAUCGCCUCCAGAGUUCCCCGUCAGUCCCACAGACUGUAGGAGACGCGAACGUUGCUGCCGGUUCCUCUGAGUGACAAACUGAGAACACUAUGCAAAGCAUCACGGAGAGGUUUAUUUCACUCUGAACACAGUUACAGAGCACAGUCAAAAAAGGUGCAGAAACUCAGCAGGAAAAGAGGAACAUUUCCACAUUAUUUUGCAGCCAGUUUCUGCCCCCUGAUGGCCAUGUAAAGGAACACAGUUGCGGCCCUUUAGGGAGCGUCGAGGCUAUGUCCGUCUUCUGCAGCCUUUGGUUUCUCCUCAGCACUGUCAGUCUCCCAAUGCUUCUUUUUUUACUGUUCCUUAAAAGGGAAUCAAUAGGAUGGCUGCAUCCAUGUUAAUAAACUAAAUAAGCCACACAUUUGAAGCAUAAUAUACUAUUUUUUUCUUGUACUAUCAGUGUAUUGAAGUAGAUUUUACUGAAAUAUGUAUUAUAAAAAAUACAAAUGUGAAUUAAAA